AUGUUCGCAUCGCAGGCGCAGGCACUCCAGCCUCACAUGUGGCGCCGCCAAGUGGCGCAAUUCGUCCAGGUUCUGCAUGUGAUUGCUAUGGCACUGGCUGUGUGGAAGGGACUGAGUGUCGUGACAAACACCGAGUCGCCCGUGGUCGUCGUGUUGAGCGGCAGUAUGGAGCCUGCGUUUCAUCGCGGCGACCUGCUUUUCCUGACCAUGACAAGCAAGCCUAUUGAGCCUGGCGAAAUCACGGUGUACCGCGUGCCCAACACAGAUAUUCCGAUUGUGCACCGUGUAAUAGAGGCACGCGACAAGUACGUGCGAGCGACUGACCGCAGCGGACGUCGGGGGCAGCUGCUCCUCACCAAGGGCGACAACAAUGAAGACGACGACAUUAUGCUAUACCAGGGCCCGCGAUGGAUACGCGACGACCAGAUCGUCGGGCGCGUCCAAGGCUUUCUUCCGUAUGCAGGGUACAUCACUAUCCUUCUAAAUGACUACCCGGCACUCAAGUACGUCGUUCUUUCGCUGUUGGGUCUCUCCUUGUUCUUCGAGCGAGAAUGA